AUGGGUAAGGCUAAGAAAACAAGAAAGUUUGGUCUGGUGAAAAGAACGUUAAACACCAAGAAAGAUCAAAGGUUGAAAAAAAACCAAGAAAGUGUCGAAGCUAAAGAUGACCCUGAGUUAACUAGAAAUAUACCACAAGUAUCAAGUGCGCUUUUCUUUCAAUACAAUGAAGCAAUAAAACCGCCUUACCAAGUGCUGAUAGAUACCAACUUUAUAAAUUUUUCUAUCCAGAAAAAAGUCGAUAUUGUCAGAGGGAUGAUGGACUGCCUGCUUGCAAAAUGUAACCCAUUGAUCACAGAUUGUGUGAUGGCAGAGUUAGAGAAAUUGGGUCCCAAGUAUCGUAUUGCUUUGAAACUGGCUCGAGAUCCUAGAAUAAAGAGGCUCAGCUGCUCGCACAAGGGUACAUAUGCGGAUGACUGCUUGGUGCAUAGAGUCUUACAACACAAAUGUUACAUCGUAGCUACGAACGAUGCUGGACUAAAACAAAGAAUUAGAAAAAUUCCUGGUAUUCCUUUAAUGAGCGUAGGGGGACAUGCAUACGUCAUUGAAAAACUGCCAGAUGUCUUUUAA